GGAAAUUGAAGGGCAAUUUCCGUCAAUGUGGAAUAAUUGCUCCUUCAUCAAUUCAAUAGGAGGGGCAGAGCGAAAGGUUCCAUUGGUUUGUCACUGUUUGAACUUUGAGGACUUCCAAAGAUUGAGAAAGGAUUCUCACUUUCCUAGGGUUUCUCCUACACUUUCUGGACUGGGGAUUUCUGAAACUUUACCUGGGAAGUAAAGAUGGUUUUAUCAGAGGCUGAAAUCAAGAGGCUUUUGCGAAUCCGCAAAACAGUGAUGCAGAUGCUAAAGGAUAGGGGGUAUUUUGUUGGAGACUUUGAAAUAAACAUGACCAUGUCACAGUUCAUUUCUAAAUAUGGUGAGAACAUGAAAAGGGAGGAUCUGGUUAUUAAUAAAGCUAAGCGAAAUGAUAGCUCUGAUCAGAUCUAUGUUUUCUUUCCAGAAGAGGCAAAGGUUGGUGUGAAGACGAUGAAGACGUAUACUAACCGCAUGAAAUCUGAGAAUGUCUUCAGAGCAAUAUUAGUUGUGCAACAGAAUUUGACACCCUUUGCUCGGACAUGUAUAAAUGAAAUAUCUACAAAAUUUCAAUUGGAUGUUUUCCAGGAGGCAGAGCUGCUAGUCAACAUAAAAGAACAUGUUCUCGUUCCAGAGCAUCGGGUGCUUUCAUCUGAAGAGAAAAAGACUUUGGUGCAAAGAUAUACUGUAAAGGAAACACAGCUCCCUCGUAUCCAGGUGAGUGAUCCAAUUGCAAGAUACUAUGGGCUCAAGCGCGGACAGGUCGUGAAGAUCAUCCGUCCUAGUGAGACUGCAGGUCGUUAUGUCACCUACCGCUAUGUUGUAUAAUUAAUCUUCCUGUUAUCUCAAUUUAAACCCAAUUGUGGGUGUUGUUACAUAGCAUCACUGCAUCACUGUUACCAUUAAUCUCUGUAUGUUGAGGGCCGGGUGACUAGUUUGUGAGUUGUUGCCACCUGUACUGUAUAUAUGAUGACCUAAAACCUGAUUCUGAUCUUUUUUCUUCAUUUUUAGUGUGAUCACAGUUCUGUC